AUGAUAAAGCUGCACUCCAUUUCUUUAAAUCUGAUUGCUCCGUCGGCCAUGGUAUUGUUUGGUGGUUGUGCCAACGAUGGCUCUGUCCUCGGUGAUCUAUGGAUUUUGGAACUUAAUUGUACCGGUAGUUAUAACGUAAGAGCUCACUGGAAGCGUGUUCAGACUCGAAUGACUCCAAACUUUUGGCAUACUUCUGCAGUAGUUAACGGUCAUCUAUUUGGUAAGAAGGUUCUUGUCAAUUAA